CGCGCAGGCGCAGAGGCGCGGCGGCAAUGGCCGCCACCGGCGGUUGCUGAGGCGCCGCCGUCGCCUACGGCGCCGUCCCCGCUCCGGCCCCGCUCCGCUCCGGGCGGCCUCAUGAGGAGGAGGAGGAGAAGGAGGCGGCGGCGGAGCGGCGAUGGGCUCGCUGAGCAGCCGGGUGUUGAGGCGGCGGGUGGGCCUCCCGCGCGGAGAUGGAGCGGCCGGAGACGGCGGUGGCCGGGGCGGCAAGAGGAAGCGCGGUGGGGCCGAGGGGCCCGGUGACAGCGACAGCGAUGGCGAGGCCGAGCGGGAGGAGCGGCUCCUCAACACCCCCCGCAGGAAAAAAUUGAAAAGCACUUCUAAGUAUAUUUAUCAAACUCUGUUUUUGAAUGGGGAGAACAGUGACAUCAAAAUUUGUGCUCUGGGAGAGGAGUGGAACUUGCAUAAGAUAUAUUUGUGUCAGUCAGGCUACUUUUCCAGUAUGUUCAGUGGGUCUUGGAAAGAAUCUAGCAUGAACGUCAUAGAGUUGGAGAUUCCCGACCAAAAUAUUGAUAUAGAAGCUCUGCAGGUGGCUUUUGGCUCGCUGUAUAGAGAUGAUGUGUUAAUAAAACCCAGUCGAGUAGUUGCACUUUUAGCAGCAGCCUGCAUGCUGCAGCUUGAUGGCUUAAUCCAGCAAUGUGGUGAAACAAUGAAGGAAACCAUUAAUGCAAAAACUGUGUGUGGUUAUUAUAAUUCAGCGGGGACAUACGGGUUAGACUCUGUGAAGAAAAAGUGCCUUGAAUGGCUCUUGAAUAACCUGAUGACUCACCAGAGUGUUGAACUCUUCAAAGAACUCAGCAUAAACCUCAUGAAACAGCUUAUUAGCUCUUCUAACCUGUUUGUAAUGCAAGUGGAAAUGGACGUGUAUACUGCUCUCAAAAAGUGGAUGUUCCUUCAGCUAGUGCCUUCUUGGAAUGGGUCUUUGAAACAACUCUUAGCCGAAGCUGAUGCCUGGUUUGCCAAGCGUAGGAAAGAUUUUGAGGAUGACAUUGCAUUCCUGGAAUCAGAACAGGGGAAUGCAUUCCUGUCGGUAUUCAUGCACUUGAGAUUACAGUAUAUCAUCAGUGACUUGGCGUCAGCCAGAAUUAUUGAGAGAGAUUCCAUAAUACCCUCAGCAGGUGGAGGCAGUGCAUUCCAGAGAGCUGCGUGCAGCCGAGGUACAGUUUUGGUGAAUGGCCUGGUCGGUUACCUCCAGCAGAUGGGGCAGUUUUUGACCUCACAAUGGCUGUCCUCUGUUUACAAACAGCAGUGGUUUGCCAUGCUCAGAGCAGAACAAGACAAUGAUAUUGGGCCUCAAGAAAUAAAUAAAGAGGAACUGGAAGGUAACAGCAUGAGGUGUGGUCGAAAACUUGCAAAGGAUGGUGAUUACUGCUGGCGGUGGACUGGAUUCAACUUUGGCUUUGACCUUCUUGUUACAUAUACAAAUCGUUACAUCAUUUUCAAACGGAAUACGCUGAAUCAGCCAUGCAGCGGAUCAGUCAGUCUGCAGCCUCGGAGAAACAUAGCCUUCAGGUUACGUCUAGCCUCUUUUGAUAGCAGUGGGAAAAUUAUUUGCAGUAGAACGACAGGAUAUCAGAUCCUAACCCUUGAGAAGGACCAGGAGCAGGUAGUAAUGAAUUUGGACAGCCGACUCCUGAUCUUCCCACUCUAUAUCUGCUGUAACUUCUUGUACACAUCGCCAGAGAAGAAGGCUGACAGUGAGGCACUGCUAGAUAAUUCGGAAACCUGAGACCUCUUCAGUUGAAUAUAGUAGCACUUCUAUAACUCUGUAUGCCUGCUUUAACUGAAAUGCCCUGCUGACGCACAGAGCUUUGACAGCAAAAAAGGCCUUACACUGUAGCAAAUAUAUAUGGCCUUAGUAUACUCCUAUGCAUAUCUGAAGAGAAGAUCAGAAAUUAUAUAGGCCAAAACUAGUUAUCCCAUAUUUUUGUUUUAUUUCUGUUCUGCACCUUCAGACAGUAGCCAUUCCAUAUUUGAGAAAUGUUACAUUUUUAUUUUUCUGGGCGAAAACUGAGCCAAAUUGGAAAUAGGGAAUUUUUGUGAAUGACAUCUUAUGAACUUACCUGUCAGAUUCUGAGUACACAUGGUAGGACGUGUGGUUUUUUGUUAGUGUGGUUUUGGGGGUUUUUUUUAAUAACUGAUCUGUGAAUACCAGAUCUGCAUUCUGCUUACUUUUGUGGGCCUUUUCCAUUAGGGCCAAAUACAUCUAUGUAAAUGUUGCCUGUCAACUUUCGUUAGUUAUUGAACUGUACAGACUUUCAAACCUGCUUGUUUUAAAGCCUUUAUUGCAUCUCAUAUACGUACAUUUCUUUCUUGUUCUUGGGCUUUUUUUUACCAUUGCAGCAAAUGUUUAUCUUUUUUUAGCACGUGAAUUUGCUAAUAAGGAUGCUUGUAAGUUAAUUAUUUUUUUUCCAUGUACUGAAAAUACUCGUUAAUGUACUCACCAUCAUUUUGAGUCUAUUAUACAGCAGCAGCUUUCAGCUAGGAUUCUACUGAAUGCUUACUAUACUCACAUGAACCAAAUACCAGUUUUUAAACAUUGGUUUUUUGUGACUUGUUUUAACUGUUACAUUGGGAAUAUAUCCCAUUUUAGCUCAGGAACUUGUGACCUUUGAGUGCCUUUUGAGUUGUAUGUGUUAACGCAAACUUCACAUCAGUUAAGCAAGGUCACAGGAUCCAAAGUAAGAGCUGGGAACAAUGGAUUCCUUUUCAGUUGGUUUGACAAAUGGUCAAAUGUAAGAGACACUCUGUUCGUUCUUUGUAUGUGUUGGGUUUUAUGUUUGUCUAUUGCAAUUUUGAAUUCUUACAGCAGGAUUUUUUGAUUCAAAGUGGGAAUUUUGCCUCUUUAGCCUAUUUUUUUAAUGUUGUCAGAAAAGUAUUAAAACCAUUUGUACUUUAAAACAAGGAUAAAAAUGUGUUAGGCAAGAUGGAAAAACGUGGCAACUUGUCAGUAAAUGAUUUCAAGUGGAA